AUGGAGCCGUCGGCUGUAGCUAGCCCGCUUCAGUCCACCAGCAAUCUACCUGCGUCACCACCUAACUCGGAUGCAACUCAUCCAGAUGUACGGGCCUACGAUGGUCCCGACCGCCCACCAUUCGAAGUUGCCAAUGAAACGGCCUCGCCUGUUCCUAGCACAGCAGAUCGCAGACGCAAGAAGAAGAAGAAGCGACAAGGAGGCGGAGGUGCUGACCGUGAAGUUCCACGGUUCCCGUUCAAUCUAGCGCUGACACUCGAGAACUCGGGGAGCGUCGCGCGAGACCACCUUGCCUCGGAACGCACUUUCUUGGCGUACGUGCGGACUAGUGUCGCGAUUUCAUCCACCGGUGUUGCUCUGGUGCAGCUCUUCACCAUCGCCGAGGCAUCCAAUCAGAAACUGGAGAAGUAUUCACGGCCCCUUGGCGCGACGUUCAUCAUGAUUGGACUGUUCACGCUCGCACUCGGGGGCGCGCGAUAUUUUGAAGUGCAGGGCGCGCUUAUCAGAGGAGUGUAUCCUGCAAUCCGCAUCAGUGUUGUUUUGGUCUCAGUCGCCUUAGGAGCGGUCAUUCUCAUUGUCUUCUGCAUCAUCCUCGCUGUAAGAAAAUGA